GAGAGCUAAUUGCACCUUUAGCACUGAGGAACUUACAAAUAUUAUAGAUGACGGAAAAAAGAAAACUGGUCUGCGUCGAGAAAUAGAGAAAGUUUUUAUCAGUGACCCAGAAUUCUCAGACAAAGUUCCACAAGAAUAUCUGAGCCAUGAAGAUAAUUACAACAAUGAGCUACGCAAAUCAGUCCACUUAAUUAAGAAAUCAGCCAAGUAUGAUAAAAGGUACAUCCCUGCAAAAGGAAUUUUAAAGGACGGUAACCCACUCCUAUUACACGAGAGGCAUGUUUAUUCCUGCUAUAGUUGGCCAGGGAACUUCUGAGCAACAAGACAAAUGGCUGGGUCGAGCUGAAAGAGCUGAAAUUGUUGGCACAUAUGCUCAGACAGAAAUGGGCCAUGGAACAUUUCUGAGAGGUUUGGAGACAACAGCUACAUAUGACCCAGCAAGUCAGGAGUUUGUGCUACACUCACCCACCAUAACAGCAACUAAAUGGUGGCCAGGAGGAUUGGGCAAAACAUGCAACUAUGCAGUAGUAAUGGCUCAGCUGUACACCCAGGGUCAAAACUAUGGCCCUCAUCCAUUCGUGGUUCAACUGAGGGACGAAUACACCCACCGCAGCCUACUUGGUGUAAUGUUGGGUGAGAUUGGGCCACGUCUGGGAUUGAAAGCUAAUGAUAAUGGAUUCCUGAGAUUUGACCACUACCGCAUCCCUCGCAUGAACAUGUUGAUGAAGCAUUCGCAAGUCCUGGAGGAUGGAACAUAUGUCAGACCAUUGCACAGUAAGCUGUCUUAUGGAACAAUGGUGCAAAUACGAGUAGGCAUUGUUAAUGAUGCCUGGCAAAAUUUGGGACGAGCGGUCACAAUAGCAACACGCUAUUCUGCUGUACGGCACCAGUCUGAAAUGGCUCCUGGAGAACCAGAACCUCAGAUAUUAGAUUAUCAAACCCAGCAGUACAAGUUGUUUCCUCAUAUAGCAUCAGUGUUUGCUUUGCUAUUUUCUGCUAAGAGUAUUGCAAAGAUCUACUUCAGGGUGACUGCAAGUUUGGAGAAGGGUAAUGUAGAACUCUUGCCAGAGUUACAUUCCCUGUCAAGUGGACUAAAAGCCAUGAGUGCAGAAGAUGCUACUCUGGGUAUUGAAAUCUGCCGCUUGGCUUGUGGAGGACAUGGGUAUCUGGCAUCAUCUGGUUUGCCACGUCUAUAUGCCAACACUACCUGUUGCAUCACAUAUGAAGGAGAGAACACCGUUUUAUGGCUCCAGGUUGCUAGGUAUCUCAUCAAGUCUUACCGUGCUGCUGGCAAGGGAGCUUCAGUUCACCCAUCUGUCUCUUAUCUAACAGCUGAACCUGCCUUGUCUUCUGCACCGUUUCUUUCAAAUACAGCUCUGGUCAAUGCCUUCAUGUGUUCAGCAUCAGCCCUUGUGGUAGAAGCAGAAGCAAGGCUUCAGAACCUGUGUGACAUGGGACAAGAAUACCAUUAUGCCUGGAAUAAUUGUUCUGUUCUACUAGUCAAGUGUGCUCAGGCUCACAUACGUUACUUCAUUUGUAAGACGUUUGUGGAGAGUGUAGAGUCACUGGAUGCAAGUGAGGGUGUGCGGAGUGUCCUGCAGAGCUUGUGUCGCCUAUAUCUUAUCUACUACAUCAACCUCAAACAAGGAGAAUUUCUCAGGUAUGGAGCACUGACGUCAAAGAACCUUGCUUUUUUGGAAAAGGAAAUGUGUGAGCUGCUGGCAGUGUUGCGACCCCGGGCAGUGUCCCUUGUGGAUGCCUUUGAUAUGCCUGAUGCACUUCUCAACUCCACUUUGGGGUCUUGGGAUGGAAAUGUUUAUCAGAGACUGUUUGAUGAAGCCCUCAAGAGUCCUUUGAAUAAAACAGAUGUACCUGAUGCAUAUUACAAGUACCUCCGUCCUCUUAUGAAAUCUAACCUUUGAGGCCAAAUGUUUAAAAACAGUCACUGCUUCUAUGAUGUUGUAAUAGUAGUAGCAGAAAAUAAACCUUUUCCUUUAUUGUUAA